UCUUUCUCUUUUCCUCCCUUGUUGUUCGAUAAUAAUAGUAAUAAAUAUGGGUCUUUAUUCAGCCAUUGUACCAAGAGCUACAGCUGCUUUCAAAAAACAGACGUCCGCUGUGCAACGCCAUUACAGCCAGGCUCUGUCAACUUACUCUAAAGAUUUUGUGAAAUUAGUCGAGGUUGGACCCAGGGAUGGGCUUCAGAACGAAAAAAUACUCGUACCUGCAAAAGUCAAGAUCGAAUUAAUCGAGAGAUUAGCAAACAAUGGUCUACCUGUCGUUGAAACCACUAGUUUUGUCAGCCCAAAGUGGGUGCCUCAAGUAAGCUAGGCAUUAUGUAAUACCCUCCCUCCGUUUUCCCCCAACUUACCAUAAAAAAUAAUUAAAUAGAUGGGUGAUAAUAAGCAAGUUUUGACUUCCAUCAAGAAAAAGCCCGGCGUCUAUUAUCCCGUUUUAACCCCCAACAUGAAGGGUUUAGAGGGUGCAAUUGCUGCAGGUGCCGAGGAGGUGGCUUUAUUUACUGCUGUCACCGAAUCAUUUAAUUUAAAAAACACAAAUUGUUCCACCCAAGAAUCACUUGAUCGUGCCAAACAAGUAUUAAAAGCCGCACUCGAUCAAAAUUUACGAGUCAGAGGCUAUCUGUCUUGUGUUUUAGGAUGUCCUUAUGAAGGUACCGUUAAGCCCGAAAAGGUGGCUGAAAUGGCUAAAGAAUUAUAUGACGCUGGCUGUUAUGAAAUUAGUUUAGGUGACACCAUCGGUGUCGGUACCGCGGGUUCCAUGGCAACGCUAUUAGAACAUGUUUUGAAAGUUGUGCCUGCUGAAGCUGUGGCGGUGCAUUGUCACGAUACCUAUGGUCAAGCUUUAGCUAACAUUUUAAAGGCUUUGGAAUAUGGUAUUCGUGUUGUUGAUAGCUCUGUCGCCGGCCUUGGUGGCUGCCCUUAUGCUCCCGGUGCCAAGGGCAACGUCGCGACCGAAGAUGUUGUCUAUAUGCUUCACGGCAUGGGGUUAAAGACAGGUGUAGAUUUGGAUGCACUGAUCGAAACUGGUCAGUGGAUCUCAGAUCAGUUGGAUAGACCUACCAAUUCUAGAGCAGGCGCUGCUUUGAUGGUGGCCAGAAAACGUAAGCAUGAUCUACAAGCCGCUGCCAAAAUGGAACAAAAGGCAUCGAAACUUUAAUUUUUUUUUCUUUUUUGAAAUGUCUAAUAAAUAAAUAUUGGAUAUUAAAUAUAUAGCCUUGUCUUGGGGCAUUUAAGUAAUAUUUAUCAAGGUGUCAUUAUAGUAUGAGCAUACAAUGAGCAGAACAAUUAACAGG